AUGGGAGUUGAAUCCUCUGUCCACCAUGGGGAGUCGAUCAGUCCAGCUGUCGCUCCUUCAGCUCAACAUUCCAGCCAGGAAUCCGUGGCAAUGGACAAGUCAGCUGAUGUUGGCAUCGACACUCCCGUUCCCACGGUGACCCUGAGGGCGUUUAUCAUGGGAACCUUCGUCUCUAUGGGUGGCCUCCUGUUUGGUUACGAUACCGGUCAGAUCUCUGGUUUCCUAGAGAUGUCGAAUUACCUCGAACGGUAUGGCCAGCAUGGCCCUGAUGGGUACCACUUUAGCCAUGUUCGUUCCGGGUUGAUUGUCAGUUUGCUCUCUAUCGGUACCUUGAUCGGUGCCCUCUGCGCUGCCCCGAUUGCCGAUAGAUUUGGCCGUAAAUGGUCUAUCACCUUUUGGUGUCUCAUCCUCAUUGUCGGUCUCAUUGUUCAGAUUUCUUCCCCGUCAGAGAAGUGGGUGCAGAUGGCCAUGGGUCGUUGGGUCACCGGCCUAGGUGUUGGUGGCUGUUCCUUGCUGGUCCCCAUGUAUCAGGGAGAGAGCGCUCCCCGCCAGAUCCGUGGUGCCAUGAUUAGUUGCUACCAGCUCUUUGUUACUUUGGGUAUCUUCGUAUCCUACUGCAUCAACCUGGGAACUGAGCACUUGGAUGGCACCGCUCAAUGGCGCAUUACCCUGGGUCUUACCUUCCUGUUUGCCAUCAUCCUCGGCGGUGGCAUGGCGUUCUUCCCCGAGAGCCCUCGAUAUGAGUACCGUCAUGGCCGCAUCGACAAUGCCCGAGCCACCAUGUCCAAGAUGUACGGUAUCCCUGAGAACCACCGUCUCAUCAUCCAGGAAUUGGAGGAGAUCCAGCAGCAGCUCGAUGCCGAGUCUCAGGAGCAGGUGUGGCAUGAGUUUGUCACCGCUCCUCGGAUGUUCUACCGGGUAUUGCUGGGAAUGGUCCUGCAGUCUUUGCAGCAGCUUACUGGUGCCAACUACUUCUUCUACUACGGUACCACCAUUUUCCAGGGCGCCGGUAUCUCCAACAGCUUUAUCACGCAGGUCAUUCUGGGUGCUGUCAACUUCGGAACUACCUUUGGUGGUCUCUACGUCGUCGAGAACUUUGGUCGUCGCAAGUCUCUCAUCACCGGCGCCGGCCUGAUGUUCGUUUUCUUCAUAAUUUUCGCCUCAAUCGGCCACUUUGUCCUGGAUGUUAAGAACCCCGAGAACACCCCUUCUGCUGGAAAGGGCAUGAUUGUCGUCGCCUGUCUGUUCAUCACCACAUUUGCUAUGACGUGGGGACCAAUGAUUUGGACCAUCGUGGCGGAGCUUUUCCCGUCGAAGUACCGUGCCAAAGGUAUGGCGUUGGCGACUGCCUCCAACUGGCUGUGGAAUUUCCUGCUCGGAUUCUUCACUCCGUUUAUCACGGGCGCAAUUGACUUUGCGUACGGAUAUGUGUUCGCGGGAUGCCUGUUUGUCGCCGCUGCAGUGGUCUACUUUUUCGUCAUUGAGGGUAAGGGCCGUACGCUGGAGGAGGUCGACUGGAUGUACGUCAACAAGGUUGCUCCUUGGAAGAGCAGCAAGUUCGAGAUUCCCCCUAUUCAUAGCCAGGCCUAUGCGAACGAAGAUGCUCAGUAUACCCGGAAGGAAUCUCGGUCCUACCAUGCUGAGAAUGCGUAG